UCUCAGGCGACGAUAUUUAUUUUUAUUUGGUUUGUACAUCUUCAACUUCAACUUCAAUAAAAUCCAUAAAAACUCAAAUUACCAUUCACUACGAUAAUUAAACAAAUUUUCUGGGUUUUGAUAUAUAUAUAUAUAUAUAUAUAUACAUAAUCAAAUGAAGACAAAGUUAAUACUAUGAGGUUAUCAUCUUUAUUUUGGGCAUACAAGUUGUCAUAUGAUGAACUAAGCACAAUAUUACAAAGAUGCACAAAGUUAAAGAUUCUAAUUGUAGCCAAACAAAUUCAUGGGAUGUUAAUAACAAAUGGGAUUGAUGUAAAAAAAAUGUCUUUGGAUGCAAAGAUUUUAGGUGUAUAUGCAAGUUGUGGUAAUAUGAGAUAUGCACACCAACUGUUUGUUAAAAUGCCUAGCCCAAAUGUUUUUGCCUUCAAUUGGAUGAUUUCUGUUAUGGCUUUUCAUGGGUAUUACCAGGAGGCCCUUGAAUACUUUUUUUUGAUGCAAAAGAUUGAAAUAUUUCCUAAUAAGUAUACAUUUUCUGUUGUGUUGAAAGCUUGUGUUGGAUUAUUGGAUUUAAAUAAGGGGAGGGAAGUUCAUGGUUUGAUGAAUAAGAUGGGAUUGGAAGGAGAUGUUUUAGUUUGUAAUGGUUUGAUUGAUAUGUAUUGUAAAUGUGGUAUUAUACACUAUGCUAGAAGGGUAUUUGAUGGGAUGUUGAGUAAAGAUGUUGCAUCGUGGACAUCGAUGAUUUCUGGAUAUAUCAACACAGGAAAACUCGAUGAAGCAGUAGUAUUGUUCGAGGGGAUGAAGAUGGAAGGGUUGGAUCCGAAUGAAUUCACUUGGAACGUGCUAAUGAACGGGUUUGCUCAACGUGGAGACAAAAAAGGCGCACUCGAGCUAUUCUCUCGAAUGAGUAAAGCUGGGAUGUGCCAUGAUUUGGUUACAUGGAAUGCAUUAAUCUCUGGUUUUGCUCGCGGAAAUCAGCCUACUGAGGCUCUGAAAUUGUUCAGGGAUAUGCUAGUUUCAGGUGUCAGACCGAACCAUGUGACUGUCACUGGGCUGCUUCCAGUGUAUGGACUAAUGGGAUUUCCCCAAAGAGGAAGGGAACUUCAUGGGUUGAUCUAUAGACAGUCCCUAGAAGUUAAUGUCUAUGUAGUAAGUGCACUUAUUGAUAUGUACUCAAAAUCAGGGAAUGUUAAAGCUGCUAGAAAUGUGUUUAAGGGAACUCAUUUUAAGAAUGUUGCAUUAUGGAAUGUUAUAAUUGGGUGUCUUGGGAAGCAUGGUGUUGUUUAUGACGCGAUUCGGUUGUUUGAUGAAAUGCAAAAGAAUGGUUUUCGACCGAAUGAAGUGACAUUAGUUUGUGUCCUUUCAGCUUGUAGCCAUGGUGGGUUAGUUCAAGAGGGUAUGGAAAUCUUUAGGUCCAUGAAAGAAAAGUAUCAUGUUGAAGCGACUAAGGAGCAUUACGCUUGUGUUGUUGAUCUUUUAAGUCGGGCUGGGGAAGUGGAAGAAGCGUAUGAGUUGAUGAAAAGAAUGCCAAUGGAAGCAACCGAAUCGAUUAUUGGAGCAUUCUUGAAUGGGUGUAGAAUCCAUGGAAGAAGAGAUCUAGCUGACAGAAUUACUGACUAUCUUUUGAAUGGAAAUGUAAAGAAGCCUGGUGCUUUUGUGACAUUGUCCAACAUACAUGCGGCUGAAAAAGAGUGGCAAGAGGUUCAUAAUGUUAGGAAGUUGAUGAAGGGUGAAGGGAUUAAUAAGAAGCAUGGUUUCAGCCUCGUUGACAAGAAGUACUAACCACUCAAUUUUGAUGUUAGAAGCAAGAACUAAGGUUGAUCAUGGACCAGAUGGAACCUAAUCCUAUGUCCUUUUGCGCUACGUUUUUUCUUGUUGGAGUGAGAAGAGUAUAUUUUAGAGCACAAGCAUGGAUAAAGGGGAGGAACAAAAGAUCGGCAAAUAAUUUUAUAAUCUGCAAUAUGCAAUGAUCAACUGGAAGAGGGAUCAGCAGACUCACUACAGCAGUCAGCACUAAAAAUGAAUCUGCAAUUAGUUUGACUCGACCCAACUUCGAUUUUAAGGGUUUGAGUUCUAAUUUUAAUACCCAUUG